CCACCCCAUGAAGCCUUCUCUCUGUCCCUCACAACCAUCAUUCACCUAUAUAGCUUUCUCAUAGAUCUCCAUCACAACCCACUUCAUAAGGGCCUCACCUCAACCCUUUCACACAUCGAUCCCUCACAACCCUUUCUGCCAAAUGAGGAAACCUGACAUCAUGGGAAAAGACAUUAAACUCAACACCACCACCAUUAACACCACCACCAACACCACCACCAACAACAACAACAACAUUAAUAAGAGCAAGCUAAGAAAAGGGUUGUGGUCGCCUGAGGAAGAUGAGAAACUGAUAAGGUACAUGAUCACUAAGGGACAAGGAUGUUGGAGUGACAUUGCGAGAAAUGCUGGGCUUCAAAGGUGCGGCAAAAGUUGUCGUCUUCGUUGGAUCAACUACCUCAGACCUGAUCUCAAACGUGGUGCAUUCUCACCCCAAGAGGAAGAACUCAUCAUUCACUUGCACUCCAUUCUUGGAAACAGAUGGUCUCAGAUUGCUGCACGUCUUCCUGGUCGCACUGACAAUGAAAUCAAGAAUUUCUGGAACUCCACACUGAAGAAAAGGUUGAAAAUGAACAACAACAACAACAACACUUCAUCACCAAACAACAGUGACACAUCAGACCCUGGAGAUGUCAUGGGGGGGAUAAUGGCGAUGAAUGAUCAGCAUGACCUCAUGACCAUGUGCAUGGACUCCUCCUCAUCAACAUCAUCAUCAUCCAUGCAAUCCAUGCAAGCCAAUAACAUGCCACUAACCGACCAAUUUGACCCCUUUCCCUUGUUGUCCAACCGCUAUGACAUGACCACCGGCGCAGCCGGUUUCCUUCACAACAUGGCUGCAUGCUUAACACAAGUUGGUAUGGUAGAUCAUGAUGAUGGGGUUGUUCAUGGUGGUUAUGGGGCAUUGGAACCUAAUAAAAUGGGGUUAGAAAGCGACUUUUCCCUUCCUCCACUAGAGAGUAGAAGCAUUGAGGAGAAUUCUAGUACCCCAAUUGAUGAGAAAAGCCAUAACAACAACCACUUCAAGAACAGUUGCUUCAGUAACACUGAUAAUCACCAUCAUCAUCAUCAUCAUCAUCGUAAUUUUCAAACCUCCAACAACGUAGUUGUAGAGGAUUUAUUUGGUUUUGGAAAUCAUGGGCAAGGGGAAAACUUUAGAAUGGGAGAAUGGGACUUUGAGGGUUUGAUGCAAGACAUGUCCUAUUUCCCUUCCCUUGAUUUCCAAGUUUAAGAAACUCAUUAGAUCCACCUCACAACACAUAAAACUCAGCUUAAGUAGCUUUCCAAACACACAUUAAAUCUUAAUCCCUUUUUCGAGCUUCCUUAUUUCUUCCUUCCAAUUGUGUAAACAAGUCUCUAUUAAGGAUGCUGGUUAAAGAAAACCACCAAAUAAAUCUCUUUUUUUCUUUUAAAAUUAUGAUCACUAGAAACUACUAUAAUAAAGUGAAUCAAUAGCAUUUUUUAAAAAAAAAAAAAACUUUAACGAGUACCUUAAACAUACUUGUUUGCACUCUCUUUCUACAAGCCCUUUUUCUUGUUUUUUCUUCAUAUUAACUCUCAUUGUUUCUUCCUUCUUUUCUUGCUUUUAUUAAAAAAAAUUGUCAAUUGUUCUAGCUAGAUUUAUUUAGUUGUACAACAAAAAAAAUUGCAGUGUACACGUAUAUAGGGUGGGCCUGAGAUCUAUAUACAUAUUUCUUGCUUUGUUUGUGCCCUAGCUGUUUCCCUGUUAUGUGUUUCAUGUCAUUUUCAAGGAAUAGCUUGGUUGGUGCAAUAAUGUAAAAGAGAAAUGUGAAUAGUGAUACUUUAGAAUGUCAAGAGAAAAAUAAAGCUAAGUUGAAAUUGUAUGUAGUAUUGUGUAUAACACAAGGAAUAAUGUGGAGUUGAAAGUGGUUAUUUAGUGCUAGAUAAUAAUAUAGAUCUUUCAUACCAUAUGUAAACAC